AUGCCAACAGAUAACAAUAGUACAUACGAAGAAGGCUUCGCUGAUCCAGCUGCAAAAGCGAGAUUUCCUGUAAUUGUUACGUUGUACAUACCAGCGUUCCUAGUCUCUGAAAUUGGCAACGGAUUUCUUGUGUACACACUAGCCUAUAUCAAACGUCGUCAACGUGCGGCUAUCGAUAGUUACAUAUUAAACCUUGCUAUUUCCGAUUUUUUAUUGACAACAAUGACAUUGUUCAAUGCAAUAGAAUACGUAAGAAAUGAAUGGGUGUUAGGCGAAGCAAUGUGUAAAAUUCAUGGCCAAUUGUUGGAAGUAUGCUACACUGUGGAAAUUUUGACUCUUUUAGCUGUCAGCUAUAAACGUAGGAAGGCAGUGGACAAUCCUUUUCAG